UGUGCUGAUGAAGAUGCAAAGAGACAGGAAGGUGUUUGGCACUGUCUGCCCCAACCACAUGGGCCAACAGGGUAGCAGAGCUGCAGGAAACAAAAAGGGUAAGCUGGUGCCAAGAAGCAGCAGUCCAGUCAGUGUGUACGCUGAGCUCCCCUGCAUCAUCGAACAAGCUUUUUCAACGAUUGCAUGGGAUGAUUUGGAAGACUGUGCGUCUGUGGUGAGAAGGGAGAGCGACUCCCUCGGCUCCCAGGUGAAUGAAUCUGAUGUAGAUGACCAAGACUUUGGAGAUUAUGCGCUGGAUUUCAUGGCAGAUUCUCCUGCCACACUGGAGAGCAGUCUGUCUCCAGCUGAACUGGUACCAUUUCAGGGAUGUGUCAUACCCCCUCUCACCCCUCAGCAGUACUUCUCUUCAGAGGACAGUCUGGUUCACUCUUCCACAGAAGCAGGUAACCCAUCUGCCCAAGAGGGAGCUCCAUGGAAGGGCAUCGCCCAGUGCCAAGGCAGGGUGCUGAGAGACUCCAUGAAAGUCAAUAACCAGCUGCAUGAGACUCUACACCGGAAACAGGAAGAGAUCGACUCCCUUCAGGACAGAAACCUUCACCUCAGGCAGCUGGCCAGCCGUGCAAAGCACCUGGCCUCAGUCCUUGAAAAACUGAUGACAGUCCGAGACCCAAAUGUGAGAGAACCAGUGAUGCCUUGUGGCGAUAAAACCUCACUGAGUCCUUGUAAGAGGCAGCGGCUGGAUGAAAGUUAUGAAACAGAGUCUUCUGACUCAGUGGAGGACAUGCUGAGGGACGUCAGCACACGCUGCAAUGCUGUCCUGCACAGCGCUGCAACUGGAACAAGACUACAGCAGGAAUCAGAGACUAUACGCAUGUACGGUGCAUUCGCAGGCCUACAGACUUGUAUAUCCAAAGAUAGCAGUGUGACAGCAGAUGGAGCAGAGCCUGAGGAGAGUGUCUCAUCCUUCAGGACUUCUAUCAGAGAACACUGCACCAUAAGGACUCAGGUGUUUCCUCAUGGACGUGCCUUCACCACGAGGACUCAGCAGGGAGGAUACCGGUUCCGCUGGGUUCCCGACCACAGCUGAAACCACUGUUACCACAUGUAAAAUUGGAGCCAUUAGUGCUAAUUACUGAUAUGAAGGAAGUGUGGGUGGGCACUGACUGUUAAUGCCUAACUUAUAAUCUAUAUUGAGAGCUGUAAAUGAUUACAUGAUGUCUUCCUCAGGUAGCUUGUAAGCUAAUCAGUCAGAGGUGGUGUCUGACAAAGGAAAUGAUACUGCCACAGCUUUUGUGUUCAUUGUGUUUCUGUUUACAUGCCUGAAAAUGUAAUGAUAUAUUGCCAAACAAUGAAGUAAUGCCAUGUUUAUUUUCACACCUCACAGUAGGUUUUGUGU